AUGAAGAUUAAGGAGAUCAAAGGCACAGUAGAAAUUAGGAAGAGAGACGCAUACAGAGAGAUAGCUGAUGGUGUGCAGGUCCUAACUGCUCUGAUGCGCUACAUUGAAAAGUAUGAAGUAGAUGUGACUCUGGAUCCUGAUACAGCUCAUCCCUGUCUCAUCCUGUCUGAGGAUGGGAAACAAGUACAUGAUGAAGAUGAAGAGAAGGAACUCCCAGACAACCCUAAGAGAUUUACACAGUGUGUAUGUGUUCUCACGAGGCAGAGCUUCUCCUCAGGGAGGUUUUACUUUGAGGUCCAAGUUAAAGACAAGACUGGAUGGUGUUUAGGAGUGGCCAGAGAGUCCAUCGACAGAAAAGAUCAGAUCAUAGAGACCCCUGAGACGGGUUUAUGGACACUUUACCACGACAAUGAUGGGUUGGUAUUCAGAGAUAACCCUGAUGUCCGUCUUCCUCUGAGUGCUGAGCUCCAGAAGGUGGGGGUGUUUGUUGAUUAUGAUGAGGGUCUGGUCUCCUUCUAUGAUGUGGAAGCCAGGGUUCAUAUCUACUCUGCUACUGGCUGCACCUUUAGUGAGCCUCUCUAUCCAUUCCUCUGUCCGUGUGACAACCCUACGCCCCUGAUCAUCUCACCUGUCAAUCAAAUAGACUAGGACCUUUGUU